AUGUCAUCUUGGGAUAGGAGAUUACUCAAUGCAUCAAGUGGUGGAUCUAUAGCUAAUAAGACUCCAACAGAAAUCAGAGUUCUUAUAAAAAACAUGGCAGAAGAGUCUAAACAUACAGUCCAAGAAGAAGAGUGGUACAGUGACGCACCAAGGGGGGUGAAAGAAAUUUCUACUCCAAAAAUUGAAAGUCAACUUUCUGAGUUGACUAAAGUAGUAAUGAUGCUUGCAAAAGACAAGGGCGUGCAACCACCAAUAGUUAGACCUUGUGGCAUUUGUACACAAGUUGGACAUCCAACCGACAUGUGCCCUCAACUUCAGGAGGAAGAUUAUGAAGAAGCAAAAACCAUGGGAGGUUUUCUUAGGUCUAGUCAAAGGGGAUAUGAGCAGCCAUUAGGUGAUCAAAGAUGGAACAACAAUCAAGGUUGGGGAGAAAAUCAACAAGGGAACUAUCAACCAAGUCAACCACAUCAAUACCAACAAAGACCACCUUUUCCACCACAAAACUUUCAGCCAAGGCAACCACAACACCCUCCUCAACAAGCGGAUUCAUCAAGUAUGUAUUUAGAGGACAUAGUAAAAAGUUUGGCAACUAGUACACAAGCUUUCCAACAAGAGACAAGAGCAAGCAUAAAGAACUUAGAGAAACAAGUUUCACAGCUUGCUAUUUCCGUAAGCAAACUAGAAUCUCAAGGAAAGUUGCCUGCCCAAACUGAAGCAAACCCAAGGCACAAUGUGUGUGCCAUCACAUUGAGAGGUGGGAAAAGCUAUGAUGGUCCAAAAUUUUCGGUUGAUCAAAAAGAAGAUGAAAUAGUGGUUGAAGAGGCAACCAAAGAAGAGAAGGAGGAAGAGAAAACAAGCGAAAAGAAGCCUUUCAUCGCCGAGUCCAAAGUCACACCUGCUCCAUUUCCCGAAAGAUUAAAGAGCACGAAGAAAGAACGGGAGGAGAAUGACAUCAUGCAAAUGUUCAAGAGAGUUCAAAUCAACAUUCCACUCCUCGAGGUCAUCAAGCAGGUACCUAGAUAUGCAAGGUUCCUUAAGGAUCUUUGUGUAUCUAAAAAGAAAUUAAAAGGAAAUCAAGUCGUAACGGUUGGGGAGCAUGUAUCCGCGGUUUUGCAAAAGAGGAUGCCCCCAAAGUGCAAGGAUCCCGGUGUCUUUACCGUGCCUUGCAAGUUGGGAAAUCUUUAUGUACCCCGAGCUAUGCUUGAUCUAGGUGCAUCUGUAAAUGUCCUACCAUAUUCUCUUUUCAAAUCAAUUGGUGUAGGAACAUUGAGCAAAACCGGUGUGCUCAUCCAACUUGCUGAUCGGUCUUUGGUACACCCAAAGGGAGUAUUAGAGGACGUGUUAGUGCAAGUUGAUGAAUUUGUCUUCCCGGCUGAUUUUUAUGUCUUAGAUAUGGGAGACGAUGACUCUCCAAGUUCAAGUUCCAUUCUUUUGGGUAGACCUUUUCUUAAAACUUCUAAAAUAAAAAUCGAUGUCUACAAUGGAACCUUGAGUAUGGAAUUUGAUGGUGAAGUUAUCAACUUCAAUGUGCAUGAAGCAAAAAAGACUCCUUUUGAUGUUCAAUCUGUUAAUUUUGUCAAUUUGAUCCAUCCCUCAACAAAAAAGGGUUUGAACUUGUCUAACAAUGAAUUUCUGGAAUUAGUUUUGUCACGAAAACUAGACAGGGACAAAGCCAAAGAGCUUGCAAAGAAGUUUGAUAUGGAUAAUGAAGUGUUGGAGAUUUUAGAGUUUAUUGAUGACAAGAAGCAUGUGAGGAGUUAUGAUAUGUUAGAGAGUCCCACGUAUCGAGACUGA